AUGAGGACUAGUAUAACUCGACUAAUACAACCAAUAUGCUGUCGAUGCUACUCUGUUACAAUUUUUGCUACCGGAGUUGAGGGAAGAUUACCUUUUUAUCAGAAUAAAGAUCAUAGUGCGUCAACAAUAAAUCAAUCACUAGCGAUAACUGAUCCAUAUCAGAUAUACCAAAAUUACAUACUGUUGGGAAUACUAGAAAAAGAUAAAUCUCAACUUCGAGUAAUGAAAGAAUUUCAAAAAUUGUAUCAUAGAAUUAUAGAUUAUUCACCACCAGAAGAAUUGUCAAUCAAAUUAAGCUUAUUAUUGAGACAAAUAGAAAUAAAACAGACAGAAAUUAAUUUGAGAAAUACUAGCAAAUCACCAUUCAAAUUUCUCGUCAAGAAUCCUGAAAAAUCAAAAAAUUCAAUGAUAAAAUAUAUGACUGAUGAAGAAGAAUUAUCAAAUUUUCCAUCACCUCAAGGUUUAUUAAUUAAUGGAGAUGUAGGAACUGGGAAAUCAUUAUUGAUGGACAUAUUUGCAUCUUCGUUACCUCACAAGUCUAAAAUGAGAUGGCAUUAUAAUAAUUUCAUAUUAUGGGUUUUUAAUGAGAUGCAUAACAUUCAACAACAUAGAUCAAGAAAAAUCGAUCAGAAUGGGUACAAGUUUACCAUGGAGAAUGAGUUCAUACUAUAUGAAAUUGCUCAGAAGAUGAUUGAAAAAAAUACUAUUUUGAUGCUUGAUGAAUUUGUAUUACCAGAUAUUGCAAGCGCAAAUAUUAUCAAGAUUUUGUUCACAUUUUAUUUUAAGUUAGGUGGUGUUUUAGUUGCUACAUCUAAUAAAUUACCUGAAGAAUUGUACUCAAAUCAGUUUCAUAAAUUAAAAUUCAAGAGUUUUGUGGGAAUUUUAAAUUCAAGAUGUCAUUCGAUAGAUAUGAAAUCAAUGAAAGAUUAUAGAACAUAUUUUGCUAACGAAUCUAACGAAGAACCUUAUUUGGUUAUACGGAAAGAUAAUGAGAAUGAGGAAGAUAAAAUUUGGGAUUACAUGGUGAAAACAAAAGCUUUAGGUAUAGCUGACGAUUCCCCAUUAAUAAAUAAACCCUUAACAGAGUUAGGUCAACCAUCAACAAUCAAAGUCUAUGACAGAACCACAAAAAUCCCACUAACAUUCAACAAUGACACAAUAUGCUAUCUUGAUUUUCAAGAAAUUUGUCAAGGUUUAACUUCAUCAUCGGACUAUAUCACAAUUGCUUCAAAAUAUAAAACAAUAAUACUUGAUAAUGUUCCAAUAAUGACAACAAAAAUGAAAAAUGAAGCAAGAAGAUUUAUAACAUUAUUAGAUGCAAUUUAUGAAUCUAAAUGCCAAUUCUUUAUGAGAAGUCAAGUUGAUGUUGAUUAUUUGUUUUUCCCAGAUGCUUUGAAAACUGAAGACAAAGAAUUUAUGGAAUAUCUCAAAAUUCACUUAAAAUCAGAAGGUAAUGAAGAUAGAUUGGAAGUUCAAGAUGAAGAAAUGUUUGCCAAAACUUCAAUUGCAAUGCUGAAUCCAUAUAGACCAAAUAUUGCAUCAUAUGAUCUGGAGACUACCGAACAUUAUGAUGAACCAAGUGAGAUAGAUUUAAGAACCAAGUCCAACUAUGCUGACUUGAAAGCUUUUCAAGGUGAUGAUGAAAAAUUUGCAUUCAAAAGAGCUGUCUCUAGAAUUAAAGAAAUGGUGAUGUCAGAUAGUUGGAGAAAGCAAGAUCGCUGGAUUUCAUUGCAUGAUGAUAUGAGACCAUGGGAAAAUGUCGGUGAUAAAAUUGGCCCAGUUCCCAAAUUACCCACUAAAAACCAAUCCAAAGAUGAAGAGAAUUUGAACAAUUUAUUUAAAGAUAAGUCAAUUAAAGAGAUAACAAAACAAUUAAGUGAUACAUUACCAAAACAAUAUUCUCAAAAUGAAAACAUAUCCUUCAGGUUAUUUAAUUCUAAAAUUGCACCGAUUUUUGAUAAUUUACAACAUUUCUGGGCAAUGGGUCCAUGGACUCAAUCACAAGGUAAAAAAUUAAAAGAUAGUAUAGGACGUAGCUGGAUUAGAUCAAGUAUUAGAAAUUAUAAAUAG